AUGACGCUUGCAUGGCGCAAGAGCGACCGCGGCACGCUGAUGGGCUACCUGGAGGCAGCGAUGGGCAUCAAGGAGCAGGCGGUGCGCUACCUCGAAAUGAUGGCGGCUCCCGAGGGGUCGGUUCGCGUUUUCCUGCCGACAGGGUCGGCGUCCCCUCCGCUUAGUCUGUACAUGUCGGCAUGGGAUCACAACGGAAACGGCCGGCCAAAGAAACUGGGAAAGCCGGACAAGACGCAUGCUUUGCCGGAGACAGUCUGCGAAAGCUGGGCCUCAACAGCGGAGCUGCCCACCCACGAGUUGCUUGGCAAAGGGGCGAGGGUAGAGCGGGUUGGAGCAGACGCGACGGGGAGCUAUUUUGCGGUAGCGGACAACGUUCAGGGGCCGCCGGGCCCUCGAAGGCGCAUGGUAUUCCGCAGCAGCAAGGGGGUGUGGUACUGCAAAGGGAAGCGCGACGGGUGCCCAUCUCUUGUCGAUUGCUCGAGUGCGGCAAAGACGGCUCUGAGAAAUGAGGGGGACCUUCCGAUCGCCGACCAAGUGGUCAUGAGCCUUUCGGAGCCGAUAUCCAGGGCUGCGCUGGGCUGGCUCAAAGCGUGGAGCCGAGAGUUGCCGACAAUCGGACGGGGGGUGGUGCCCAGCGUGGGGGCACCCUCGCCCCCAACUCUGGUCAAUGAAGAGCAAUACCUCAUCGAGCUGCUAGAGCAGCGGCCCCACGAGCGGGCAGCGUGCGCCGGCGACACGUGCUUUUGUCGUCAGCAUGAUCGACUCUUUGAAGAGGCCGCUGCACACAUCUCGGACGGCGAUCAGGGCCCGGAGAAGGAGCCGGUUGCGGGAGAGGCACCCCCUCGCAAACGGGCAAGGCGGAACAAGGCUUUCUGGGAGGCGCACAAGCAAAGCCCGCAUCCGGCAACGAGACGAGGGUGGGACGCGCGGCCACCAGCAGAAGCGAGGGGGAAGGAGGCAAUCCGGGGUUGGGUUGACGCGUGCACGAGCUGCUCGUUGGCUGCAAUAGCGGUCGCGGGAGGCCGAUGCAAGCACGGACUGAGAGGCCUCGAGGAGAAAGGGCUGCUUAGCGCGCUCUGCCCAUUGGACUCUCCCGCAUGCGGCGGCUCGUGGGUCGAGAUGUGGGUCCAGGCAGACGUGACGGCCUCCCAGUGGAGCCAGCAAGUGCGGGUGCGGUUAUUCCAUUGCCAGUGCCUCGACGAGGCGCACACGAUCCACUUUGACGGGGAGCACCUGGGGUUGUACGCGUGGAACCGGCGGACCCUCUUUGUGCAACAGAGCCUACAGCUGCUCCUGCGGGGGAUGCAGCACGGGCACAGCUUCAAGGCAGAGCUUGCGACCCAUCAAACGGCCUUCCAUUGGUUGCCGGACGCUGUUGUUUUGAGCGAGGAGACGUGGCGAAGGGCGAGCCUCGACUUCUUCAAGCUGGUUGGGCUGGGGCUCCGGGAUUGCUGCUCGUUGUGCGGUCCCCAUCCAAAGGUGCUCAUUUGCGACGGCAUUGUCGGCCUCGCCAGCGCGGAUGGCGCGCAAAAGCCAGGCGGGCUUGGGAGCUCCUCGCUUGACGCGCGGCGCACAUUCUGCCACCCUAGCCGUUUCUCCACGGGGGCGCUCCUCGAGAAGCGGCCCAUCUCCGGCCGCGACUAUUGCGGGUCCGGUCUUCAGGGGGGCGGGUUGAAGCGCAAGCUCUUGCUGCUACCUGAGUUGCGAGAAGCGCUCGCGCGCCUGUCCCAACAUCGGCCCAAGGACGAGAGGCUUGGGAGGAGGCUGUCAAAGGUGGAGUAUGAAGCGCUCUUGAACGGGCUCGGCUCACGAGGACCCCCAGAUCGUGAAGCGUUUCGGGCCGGAUGA